GCACUGUAUUAUUGUGUGAUCUCACUAAAGCCUUCGACUGUGUCGAUCAUGUAAUUCUUCCGUGCAAGUUAAAGCAAGUGGAAAUGCGGGCCGGCACUAUUAAUCUGCAGAAGACGAGCAUUAAAAGUUUCAAAACAGUACGCUACAAAUUAAAAAAGUGAAAAAAUGACAUAAGGCAAUACAAUAAACAUGUUUAAUUUAAGUAACAUAAAUACACGUGUAAAAUAACAAUUUUUAAAAAAAUGAAUUUUGACAAGCCCUAACUCGGAAAACAUCACGAUUUCGAAUUUUUGUUACACGACUUUCUUCCGUUAUUUUACCGCGUCGAAUCUUUCCCCCCCCCCUGUGAACACUCUGUAUAUUUUACAAAACAAUCGCUUUAACCAGCUAGAUGGCGUGUAAAAAUAAAGAACGAAGCGCCCAGUAUAACACCUAAUACGUAUGUGUAUUCUCCGAAUGAGUCCUGGGACAAACACGCCGUAAAAAAUAAGAGACCAUCGAGAAAAAUCAACCCACGGCCAAUCGCGUCCAUUUAACACCUUAUCUAUUUGUCCCGUUAAUCCGUAGCGGGGCCGAUCGCGCACACCUAGACGCCGACGCCGCCUCCCGCGAUACCUACGACGCCUGGCGUCGCCCCUAUAAAAGAAAUCCGCGGACUACACGCGGGCAUUAUUCGCGAACCAUCUUCGUCACAGACCACAACCAUGUGGACUUCGUCGUCGUCUGUGAUCGUCUUCUGCCUGGCAGCGACCGUAUUCGUCCAGAUCGCCUGUUCCAGAGAGGAUCAUCCGUAUGACCGCCUGCAGUUACAAACGAACGUCCCGAGUCGUCUUUCCGCCGAUCGUCAUGGUUUUUAUACAAAUGCGAGAAGCUUGGACGCGAUCGGCGGUUCCAACCUUAUUGGUCGAAGUUUCGACGGGAUCGGUGGACCAAAUCUCAUUGGUCGAAGCUUGGACGGGAUCGGUGGCUCUAGUUUAAUUGGCAGAAGUCUGGACGGGAUCGGUGGAUCCAACCUAAUUGGUCGAAGCUUGGACGGAAUCGGUGGAGGGAGCCUAGUUGGUCGAAGCUUAGACGGAAUCGGUGGAGGAAGUCUAGUUGGUCGAAGUUUGGAUGGGAUCGGAGGCUCUAGUUUAAUUGGCAGAAGUCUGGACGGAAUUGGUGGAGGAAGUCUAGUUGGUCGAAGUUUGGACGGGAUCGGUGGUUCCAACCUAAUUGGUCGAGGCUUGGACGGAAUUGGUGGAGGAAGUCUAGUUGGUCGAAGCUUGGACGGGAUCGGUGGAGGAAGUCUAGUUGGUCGAAGUUUGGAUGGGAUCGGAGGCUCUAGUUUAAUUGGCAGAAGUCUGGACGGAAUUGGUGGAGGAAGUCUAGUUGGUCGAAGUUUGGACGGGAUCGGUGGUUCCAACCUAAUUGGUCGAAGUUUCGACGGGAUCGGUGGACCCAACCUCAUUGGUCGGGGCUUGGACGGAAUUGGUGGAGGAAGUUUGGUUGGUCGAAGUUUCGACGGGAUCGGCGGAAAUAGUUUAAUCGGUCGAAGCUUGGGCGCCAUUUCGAAGUACGGUUGGGACAACGAGAAACGCGCCGGCCAAAUGGAAACGAAAAAACUUAAUUAACUUGACCGCACGCGCAAUGUAUACGGAAAUAAAAUUAUUUUAU